AGCCCAAGAAGCUCCGGCACAUCAAAUGGAGGGGGGGAGGUGAGCCCCAUCCCAUCCCACGACCCAGUUACAGAAGUAUAGCAUAGUGGUUAGGAGCAUGACUUCUGGAGCCAGAGUAAAUGGAUUCGAAUGCUACCAGUAACAAGCUGUGUGGCCAUGCGGAAGUUGCCUAACCUCUCCGUGCUUAAGUUUCAACAUCCAUAAAAUUAAAGUAAGAAUAGCAGCUGUAUUUAAAAGCACCUGGAACACGCCUGUCUCGCAAACCACGUGGGAUACUUUAGGGCCUAGGCCAGGUUAAAGACGUAAGAUUUUACUCUGACGGAGGUCGGAAGCCAUUGGACGAUUCUGAGAAGAGGAGUGACAGGACUCGCUUUAUAGUUUUAAAUUAUAACUAUAAAUUGUAGUUUUAAAACUCCUGUUCACUUUGAUUUCUCCACCCCUCUCUUCCUUUCCUUAAAGGUUCUGAUUAAAACACACUUCUCAUGCCCCUACUGCUCUCAGAAGUGAAUGGGUUAAGUUUAGCUCAGCCUCCCUUUUCCUACUUCAGUUCUUCCUGUGGCUGCUUCCCACUGACAAAAAGGAAGCAAUUCUAUCGGUUACUACUUAGUGCUAAGCACGUCCAGUGGGUAAAGUUCCCUAAAAUUCUCUGCAAAGAAAUUGGGACUUUUUACUAAAUCAGAAAUUUUACUUUUUCCCCUCCUGGGACCUAAAGAUAUUUUUAAGAAGAAUUAACCUUUUGCUUCUCCAGUUGAACAUUUGUAGCAAUAAGUCAUGCAAAUGGAGCUCUCCACCUGCUUCUUUCUGUGCCUUUUGCCAUUCUGCUUUAGUGCCACCAGAAGAUACUACCUGGGUGCAGUGGAACUGCCAUGGAAUUACAUGCAAAGUGAUCUCAGUGAGCUGCCUGUGGACACAAGAUUUCCUCCUAGAGUGCCAAGAUCUUUUCCAUUCAACAACUCAGUCAUGUACAAAAAGACUGUGUUUGUAGAAUUCACAGAUCACCUCUUCAACAUCGCUAAGCCAAAGCCACCCUGGAUGGGUCUGCUGGGUCCUACCAUUCAGGCUGAGGUUUAUGACACAGUGGUCAUUACACUUAAGAACAUGGCUUCUCAUCCUGUGAGUCUUCAUGCUGUUGGUGUAUCCUACUGGAAAGCUUCUGAAGGAGCUGAAUAUGAUGAUCAGACCACUCAGAGGGAGAAAGAAGAUGAUAAAGUCUUUCCUGGUGGGAGCCAUACAUAUGUCUGGCAUGUCCUGAAAGAGAAUGGUCCAAUGGCUUCUGACCCACUGUGCCUUACCUACUCAUAUCUUUCUCACGUGGACCUGGUGAAAGACUUGAAUUCAGGCCUCAUUGGAGCCCUGUUAGUAUGUAGAGAAGGGAGUCUGGCCAAGGAAAGGACACAGACCUUGCACACAUUUGUACUACUUUUUGCUGUAUUUGAUGAAGGGAAAAGUUGGCACACAGAAACAAAGAACUCCUUGAUACAGGAUAGGGAUGCUGCAGCUGCUCGGGCCUGGCCUAAAAUGCACACAGUCAAUGGUUAUGUAAACAGGUCUCUCCCAGGUCUGAUUGGAUGCCACAGGAAAUCAGUGUAUUGGCAUGUGAUUGGAAUGGGCACCACUCCUGAAGUACACUCAAUAUUCCUCGAAGGUCACACAUUUCUUGUGAGGAACCAUCGCCAGGCCUCCUUGGAAAUCUCACCAAUAACUUUCCUUACUGCUCAAACAGUCUUGAUGGACCUUGGACAGUUUCUACUAUUUUGUCAUAUCUCUUCCCACCAACAUGAUGGCAUGGAAGCUUAUGUCGAAGUAGACAGCUGCCCAGAGGAACCCCAACUACGAAUGAAAAAUAAUGAAGAAGAAGAAGACUAUGAUAAUGAUUUUGCUGAUUCUGAAAUGGACGUGGUCAGAUUUGAUGAUGACAACUCUCCUUCCUUUAUCCAAAUUCGCUCAGUUGCCAAGAAGCAUCCUAAAACUUGGGUACAUUACAUUGCUGCUGAAGAGGAGGACUGGGACUAUGCUCCCUCAGUCCUUGCCCCCAGUGACAGAAGUUAUAAAAGUCAAUAUUUGAACAAUGGCCCUCAGCGGAUUGGUAGGAGGUACAAAAAAGUUCGAUUUAUGGCAUACACAGAUGAAACCUUUAAGACUCGUGAACCUAUUCAGUAUGAAUCAGGAAUCUUGGGACCUUUACUUUAUGGGGAAGUUGGAGACACACUGUUGAUUAUAUUUAAGAAUCAAGCAAGCCGACCAUAUAACAUCUACCCUCAUGGAAUCACUGAUGUCCGUCCUUUGUACUCAAGGAGAUUACCGAAAGGUGUAAAACAUUUGAAGGAUUUUCCAAUUCUGCCAGGAGAAAUAUUCAAAUAUAAAUGGACAGUGACUGUAGAAGAUGGGCCAACUAAAUCAGAUCCUCGGUGCCUUACACGGUAUUACUCUAGUUUCAUUAAUAUGGAGAGAGAUCUAGCUUCAGGACUCAUUGGCCCUCUCCUCAUCUGCUACAAAGAAUCUGUAGAUCAAAGAGGAAACCAGAUGAUGUCAGACAAGAGGAAUGUCAUCCUAUUUUCUGUAUUUGAUGAGAAUCAAAGCUGGUACCUCACAGAGAAUAUGCAGCGCUUUCUCCCCAGUGCAACUGGAGUGCAGCUUGAGGAUCCAGAGUUCCAAGCCUCCAACAUCAUGCACAGCAUCAAUGGCUAUGUUUUCGAUAGUUUGCAGUUGUCAGUUUGUUUGCAUGAGGUGGCGUACUGGUACAUUCUAAGCAUUGGAGCACAGACUGACUUCCUUUCUGUCUUCUUCUCUGGAUAUACCUUCAAACACAAAAUGGUCUAUGAAGACACACUUACCCUAUUCCCAUUCUCAGGAGAAACUGUUUUCAUGUCAAUGGAAAACCCAGGCUUAUGGAUUCUGGGGUGCCACAACUCAGACUUUCGGAACAGAGGCAUGACCGCCUUACUGAAGGUUUCUAGUUGUGACAAGAACACUGGUGAUUAUUAUGAAGACACUUAUGAAGAUAUUUCAACAUACUUGCUGAGUGAAAACAAUGGCAUUGAACCAAGAAGCUUCUCCCAGAAUUCAAGACACCCUAGCACUAGGCAAAAUCAAUUUAAUGCCACCACAAUUACAGAAAAUGACAUAGAGAAGACUGACCCUUGGUUUGGACACAGAACGCAUAUGCCUAAAGUACAAAAUGUCUCCUCUAGUGAUUUGCUGAUGCUUUUGCAACAGAGUCCUACUCCACAUGGGCUAUCCUUACCUGAUCUCCAAGAAGCCAAAUAUGAGACUUUUUCUGAUGAUCCAUCACCUGGAGCAAUAGACAGUAAUGACAGCCCAUCUGAAAUGACACACCUCAGGCCACAGCUCCAUCACAGUGGGGAUAUGGUAUUUACCCCAGAGCCAGGCCUCCAAUUAAGAUUAAAUGAGAAACUGGGGACAACUAUGGCAACAGAGCUGAAGAAACUUAAUUUUAAAAUUUCUAAUUCAUCAAAUAAUCUGACUUCAACAAUUCCAUCAGACAAUGUGGCAGUAGGUACUGGUAAUACAAGUUCCUUAGGAUCCCAAAAUAUGCCAGCUCAUUCUCAUAGUCAAUUAGACACCACUCUAUUUGGCAAAAAGUCAUCUCCCAUUAUUGAGUCUGGUGUACCUCUGAGCUUGAGUGAAGAAAAUAAUGAUUCAAAGUUGUUAGAAUCAGGUUUAAUGGAUAGCCAAGAAAGCUCAUUUGGAAAAAAUGUAUCAUCAACAGAGACUGGUAGGUUAUUAAAAGAAAAAACAGCUCAACAAGUUAGUAUCUCUUUGUUAAAGAAAAAAGAAUCUUCCAAUAAUUUAGCAACUAAUAGAAAGACUCACACUGAUGGCCCAACAUUAUUAAUUGAGAAUAGUACAUUAGUCUGGCAAAAUAUAUUAGAAAGUGAUACUGAGUUUCAAAAAGUGACACCUUUGAUUCAUGACAGAAUGCUUACAGACAAAAAUACUACAGCUCUGAGGGUAAAUCAUAUGUCAAAUAAAACUACUUCAUCAAAAAACAUGGAAAUAGUCCACCAAAAAAAAGAGGGCCCUAUGCCACCAGAUGCAGAAAAUCCAAAUAUGUCAUUCUUUAAAAUGCUAUUCUUGUCAGAAUCAGCAAAUUGGAUACAAAGGAGUCAUGGAAAUAACUCCCUGAACUCUGGGCAAGGCCCUAGUGCAAAGCAAUUAGUAUCCUUAGGACCAGAAAAAUCUGUGGAAGGUCAGAACUUUUCGUCUGAGGAAAAUCAAGUGGUAGUAGGAAAGGACGAAUUUACAAAGGACUCAGGACUCAAAGAGAUGAUUUUUCCAAGCAGCAGAAACCUGUUUCUUACUAACUUGGAUAAUUUACAUGAAAAUAGUACACACAAUCAAGAAAAAAAUAUUCAGGAAGAAAUAGAAAGGAAGGAAACGUUAAUCCAAGAGGAUGUAGUUUUGCCUCAGAUACAUACAGUGACUGGCACUAAGAAUUUCAUGAAGAACCUUUUCUUACUGAGCACUAGACAACACGUAGAAAGUGCAUAUGAGGGGGCAUUAAAUGAUUCAACACAUAGAACAAAGAAAGGAGAGGAAGAAAACUUGGAAGGCUUGGGAAAUCAAACCAAGCAAAUGGUAGAGAAAUCUCCACACACCACAAAGCUAUCUUCUAAUCCAAGCCAGCAGAAUGUUGUCACUCAACGUAGUAAGAGAGCUUUGAAACAAUUCAGACUCCCAGUAGAAGAAACAGAGCUUGAAAAGAGGCUAAUUGUGGAUGACACCUCAACCCGAUGGUCUGAAAACAUGAAACAUUUCACCCCGAGCACACUCACAAAGAUAGAUGUCAAUGAAAAGGACAAAGGGGCCGUUACUCAGUCUCCCUUAUCAGAUUGUCUUACGAGGAAUCAUAGCAUCACUCAAGCAAAAGUAUCUUUAUUGCCAUCUAUUAGUCCUAUAGAUCUGACCAGGGUCCCAUUCCAAAACAACUCUUCUCAUCUUCUAGCACUAUCUUAUAGAAAGAAAAAUUCUGGGGUCCAAGAAAGCAGUCGUAUCUUACAAGGAGCCAAAGAAAAUAACCUUUCUUUAGCCAUUCUAACCUUGGAGAUGAUUGGUGAUCAAAGAGAGGUUGGCUCCGUGGGGACAAGUGCCACAAAUUCAGUCAUGUACGAGAAACUUGAGAACACUAUUCUCUUGAAACCAGGCUUGCCCAAAACAUCUGGCAAAGUUGAAUUGUUUCCAAAAGUUCACAUUUAUCAGAAAGACUUUUUGCCUGCAGAAACUACUAAUAGGUCUCCUGGCCAUCUAGAUCUCAUGGAAGGAAGCCUUCUUCAGGAAACAGAAGGAGCUAAUAAGUGGAAUGAAGCAAACAGACCAGGAAAAAUUCCCUUUCUCAGAGGAGUAACAGAAAGCUCUGCAAAGACUCCCUCCAAGUUAUUGGGUUCUCUUGCUUGGGAUAACUACUAUGGUACUCAAAUAUCAAAAGAAGAGUGGAAAUCCCAAGAGAAGUCGCCAGAAAACACUGCUUUUAAGAUAAAGGAUACCAUUUUGUCCCUGAACCCUUGUGAAAGCAAUCAUGCAAUACCAGCAAUAAAUGAGGGACAAAAUAAGCCCCAAAUAGAAGUCACCUGGGCAAAGCAAAGUGAGACUGAAAGGCUGUGUUCUCAACACCCGCCAGUGUUGAAACGCCAUCAAGAGGAAAUUGACUAUGAUGAUACCAUCUCAACUGAAAUGAAGAAGGAAGAUUUUGACAUUUAUGGUGAGGAUGAAAAUCAGAGCCCCCGCAACUUUCAAAAGAAAACACGACACUAUUUUAUUGCUGCAGUGGAGCGGCUCUGGGAUUAUGGUUUGAGUAGCUCCCUGCAUGUUCUAAGAAACAGGGCUCAGAGUGGCAGUGUCCCUCAGUUCAAAAAAGUGGUUUUCCAGGAAUUUACUGAUGGAUCCUUUACUCAGCCCUUAUACCGUGGAGAACUAAAUGAACAUUUGGGACUCCUGGGGCCAUAUAUAAGAGCAGAAGUUGAAGAUAAUAUCAUGGUAACUUUCAAAAAUCAGGCCUCUCGUCCCUAUUCCUUCUAUUCUAGCCUUAUUUCUUAUGAAGAAGAUCAGAGGCAAGGAGCAGAACCUAGACAAACCUUUGUCAAGCCUAAUGAGACCAAAACGUACUUUUGGAAAGUGCAGCAUCAUAUGGCACCCACUAAAGAUGAGUUUGACUGCAAAGCCUGGGCUUAUUUCUCUGAUGUUGAUCUGGAAAAAGAUGUGCAUUCAGGCCUGAUUGGACCCCUUCUGGUCUGCCACACUAACACACUGAACCCUGCUCAUGGGAGACAAGUGACAGUACAAGAAUUUGCUCUGUUUUUCACUAUCUUUGAUGAGACCAAAAGCUGGUACUUCACUGAAAACAUGGAAAGAAACUGCAGGCCUCCCUGCAAUGUCCAGAUGGAAGAUCCCACUUUUAAAGAGAAUUAUCGCUUCCAUGCAAUCAAUGGCUACAUAAUGGAUACACUACCCGGGUUAGUAAUGGCUCAGGAUCAAAGGAUUCGAUGGUAUCUACUCAGCAUGGGCAGCAAUGAAAACAUUCAUUCUAUUCAUUUCAGUGGACAUGUGUUCACUGUACGGAAAAAAGAGGAAUAUAAAAUGGCAGUGUACAAUCUCUAUCCAGGUGUUUUUGAGACAGUGGAAAUGUUACCAUCCAAAGCUGGAAUUUGGCGGGUAGAAUGCCUUAUUGGCGAGCACCUACAUGCUGGGAUGAGCACACUUUUUCUGGUGUACAGCAGCAAGUGUCAGACUCCCUUGGGAAUGGCUUCUGGACGCAUUAGAGAUUUUCAAAUUACAGCUUCAGGACAAUAUGGACAGUGGGCCCCAAACCUGGCUAGACUUCAUUAUUCCGGAUCAAUCAAUGCCUGGAGCACCAAGGAGCCCUUUUCUUGGAUCAAGGUGGAUCUAUUGGCACCAACGAUUAUUCACGGCAUCAAGACCCAGGGUGCCCGUCAGAAGUUCUCCAGCCUCUACAUCUCUCAGUUUAUCAUCAUGUAUAGUCUUGAUGGGAAGAAGUGGCAGACUUAUCGAGGAAAUUCCACUGGAACCUUAAUGGUCUUCUUUGGCAAUGUGGAUUCAUCUGGGAUAAAACACAAUAUUUUUAACCCUCCAAUUAUUGCUCGGUACAUCCGUUUGCACCCAACUCAUUAUAGCAUUCGCAGCACUCUUCGCAUGGAAUUGAUGGGCUGUGAUUUAAACAGUUGCAGCAUGCCAUUGGGAAUGGAGAGUAAAGCAAUAUCAGAUGCACAGAUUACUGCUUCAUCCUAUUUCACCAAUAUUUUUGCCACCUGGUCUCCUUCAAAAGCUCGACUUCACCUCCAAGGGAGGAGUAAUGCCUGGAGACCUCAGGUGAAUAAUCCGAAAGAGUGGCUGCAAGUGGACUUCCAGAAGACAAUGAAAGUCACAGGAAUAACCACUCAGGGAGUAAAAUCUCUACUUACCAGCAUGUAUGUGAAGGAGUUCCUCAUCUCUAGCAGUCAAGAUGGCCACCACUGGACUCUCUUUUUGCAGAAUGGCAAAGUAAAGAUUUUUCAGGGAAAUCAAGACUCCUUCACACCUGUGGUGAACUCUCUAGACCCACCGUUAUUGACACGCUACCUUCGAAUUCACCCCCAGAGUUGGGUGCACCAGAUUGCCCUGAGGAUGGAGGUUCUGGGCUGCGAGGCACAGGAGCUCUACUGAGGGUGGCCUCACUGGCUUGCCUUGUACCUUUCUGUUGAUCUUUGGGUUACUUCCUGCCCUCACAUUGUCCAUGGCACCAUUAUUUUGCUAUGUAUUUAAACUAUAGAGUCCCAGCAGACACUGCCUUGAAGCCUCUCAAAUAAACUCUCAUUAAUCCUGCAUUUACUUGAUAGUGGGUGGGGAGGGUGUAUCCAAUUUAACUUAACUCUUACCAAUUUUCCACAGCUGCUCACAGAUUGGUCCUUCCUUCCAAUAUAACUAGGCAAAAAGAAGUGGGGAAACCUGCAUGGAAAGCAUUCUUCCCAGACAAGUUUGGUUUCUCACAAUCACCACUUGCUCUGUUGUAGAAAAACUAUAUGAUAAAAGUUGGAAGAAGAUUAAGCUUCAUACACUGAAAAUAAAACUGUCAGUUGUUUAUUUUCCAGGUCAAGCAUGGAACAAAACAUGUUUCAGGAGAAGAUCAAUAGAGUCUUGAAGUCAAAAGGCAAAUCACUUGGACAAUCUGCAACAUGGAGUUAAUACAACUACUUCAUCAAAGUCGGUUUUGCUUCCUUACACAGUCAGCUUGAGGCAUUGCGAAGGACACGUUAUUAUCUCCAAAACUAGCAUUCUCAAACUGAGAAUCAUGGAUGGGGUUCAAGAAUCCCUAAGUCCCCUGAAAUUAUGUAAGACAUUCUGUAUGGAUGCAAAUGUGCAUUUUUGCUGAUGACUGUCCGUAGAUUUAAUCUCAGAAAGAUGUAAUUCUGACCAAUAAAUAAUGGGUUAGGAAGUUGGAAUGUUGAAAGCUUGGAAAUGAAAUAACAAUGUCUUCUUUAAAUUUGUGAUGGCCAACAAAGAAAAUGAUGAUGAUAAUAGGCUUCUAAAAACAUAUAUUUACUAUUUAUGUGGAAUUUGAGGAAAAUACAUGGUUGUCUGGGAUAGGAGAUACAAACUUUGUAAUUCUAUUAAUGCACUCAGUUUACUCUCUCCCUCUUCUAAUUUCCUGAUGAAAACACAAUAAAAAUGUAACAGGUCAGAAGAAAAACACACGAUAGGAUCCCCCAUCUUGCUCUACAGUCCCAUAAGAUUGUGAAUGGUUUACUGCUCCUUCCAUCUGCCUGACCCCUUCACUAUGACCACACAACAUCUUCUGAUAGUAAAGGGGCUGGAGGAAGCAACCCAGGGCAAUUUGGAAACCGGAGCUCCUAGUAUGAAAGAAAAAUGGAUCCCAAUCUGAGAAAAGGCAAAAGGUUUAUAGCUCUGUAAAGUUCUUAAAGAUUAGAAGUUAGAGGUUAAAGUUUACAGAAAUGAAUAAGUUGUUUCGUUUUAUAGCCUGGUAGAGGAGUUAACCCCAAAGGUGAUUGUUUUAUUUCCUGUGAAACAUUAACCACUCUUAUGUUUAAUUUGAUAAUCUUGUUUUGCAUUAUUUUCCCAUUUUUAUUUUUUAUCUUCCUGCUGGUUUCUUAAGUAAUGAGUUAAAUAAAACAUUUACAC